AUGGCCCAGUCGUGCGUCAUGAUGCGGCCGCGGCAGGAGCAUCUGUUCACGCCGGGCAAGCCCCCGCUCAGCCCGCAGCCAGACACCAGCCUCAUCACAUCCACCGUGCGCAAGCGCAAGGUCGACCCAGCAGAGUCGCCCCUCCCACAGCCGCCCGCGCAGCUCGAGGAGGGCAAGCGGCAGCGCACGCCGCCCGUCGACCGCGGCCUGGUGCACGGCGGUGGCACCGACGCGGUG